GUUGAUAGAACAUUUAUCAUAUUAUUCCUUCCGCAUAUAAGUCUUUAGAAACUAAGCAAUAAUGACACCGAUGACGUUAUAUGUUGCUAGCAUGAGUACACCGAGCCGAGCUGUUCUUCUUGUUGUGAGAAAUUUGAGCAUUGAUAUUGAGAUAAAGCAACUCAAUUUAUUGGCCGGUGAGCACAGGAGAAGCGAAUUCACAAAAAUAAAUCCACGAUGCUGCGUACCGACUUUAGUUGACAAUGAUGGACACAAUGACUUCAUAUUGUGGGAGAGCAAGGCAAUAAUGAUUUAUCUUGCUGAAAAGUGCCAACGUUUUGGACAUUCAUUGUAUCCUAAAUGUAUAAAAACAAGAGCAGUCAUUCAUCAGCGAUUGUUCCAUGAUGCGUCUGAGCUAUAUGUGAGGAUUCUCGAUAUUGCCAAUUUGGCAUUUUCUGGCGUCAAUCCGAUGAUAACUGUCCAACAUAAAGAAAAUUUGAAGAAAGCUUUACAAAUAUUAGAGAGUUUCCUCGAAGGACAUGACUAUAUGACCGGUAAUAGCAUAACCAUUUGUGAUUUUGCUUAUUUCGCAUCUGUUUGUACAUUAGUGCAUUUUGGAUACGCCAUCUCGAAAUUCCCAUGCAUAAGUCAAUGGUACCAAAGAAUGAAAAAAUAUGAAGGAAUAAAGGAAUGUGACGAAGGAGCACAAGAGUUUGGUGAAAUGAUUAAAGGGAAACUUGGAAACAGCUUUAAUGACUAAUAAACUUCAUGUUGAUUGAUUCUUCUUUAAUAAUUCAUGUAUUGAGUACGAACAACAAGCAUAGCAGUUGGUACAGUUGUUAAUUGACUAAAUUAAUUUGGAUGUUAACACAUGUUUUGAUGUUGAGAGAAAAUUAAUCAGGUGGAUGUGUGGGAUCAUGUUACACAUCCAACAAAAAGUUAAUUUCUUAGCUUGUUUAUUGAUGUUUUGGUGACU